GGUCACAUUUUUAGGUACACGUCGUCAUGUGUGUUUGAAAUGAUACUGUUGCUUACAGUUGCCAUACUGUAUCAUGGCUACUGAAUCAACCCAAACACGCGUUCUUCUCUGGACGGCACCUCGAUGCAUGGCUACUGCGUUUACGCGCUCAAUUAAUACACUCGAUGAUUCUGUGGUUUUUCACGAGAACUUUAAAGCUGCAUAUUUCUAUGGACCUAAAGGGAAUCAAACGAACCUAUUUAGCUUUGCUCCCUACCAUACGUAUGACUAUGUGAAAGCCUUACUUCAACAGGAAAUGCCAGGCAAGAGGGUACUUUUUGCAAAGGAUUUUGCUUACGCAUUGCAAGGGAAGUUUGAAAAGAUUCCGGACGGUUAUAUUCACACUUUUUUAAUCCGGAAUCCAACAAAGGUAUUCAUGUCACUACGUAACCAUUAUAAGAUUAAGAGCCCUUUCUUUGGUGAUGAAAUGCAAAAGUAUCAACCGACACUUGAAUUAUAUUUCGUGGACCUGUGGAAGCUUUAUAUGCACAUCACAGAUGAUCUCAAGAAACCUACCCUCGUUAUUGAUGUUGAUGACUUCUUGCAAGAUCCUGAAGUAAUGAUGAAAAUUUAUUGUCAAUCAACUGGCAUACCGUUUCGAGCAUCGAUGUUGUCAUGGGAACCGUGUAGUAUAUGGAAUGUGGAUUGGCAAUGUAGCACCUUUUUAAAAUAUGUUACGUGGUGGCAGGGUUGGUAUAAGAACGCUUUCAAUAGCAAUGGAUUUGGAAAAUCCAAAAGAAAGACCAAUUAUACUCAAGAAGAUACAAUGCUACCAGCAGACAUCAGACAACUUGUGGAAAUCAGUGAACCGUAUUAUAAAUUACUGUAUGAUGAAAGAAUAACAAUUUGAUUUCGGUAUCAAUUUCCAGUAUGGUAGAGCCGGCUUGUGUACUUUAAUGUAUAAUAAAAUCUCUAUAAUUGUUAAACGGACAAACUUCAUCGUGUUUAGAACCCAGAAGAAGCAAUCUGAAAAAAAAAAAUCAUAAAAAUCAUUUUUGAUAGAAACACUUCCAGUCACUGGAAGUGUUUUAUUAUCUUUAUUAUAAUUAUCCAGUUAAAAAAAUCAGGGAACACAUUCUUUUAAUUUAA